UCAGUCUGAAGCGCGCGGAUGAAGCUCGUGUUUACGCAGCGCUCGGCGUCUCACCGGUGGAUGUAAAUAUCAGUUUAUACAACAGCAGAACGCACAGACUGAUUCUUGAGCAUCGCCAAAGGAAACGUUGGAGAGACGCUCCACUCCAGACUGCAGGAGGAUGUACUGCGUUAUUAACCAUCCCCAAAACCAUUUAAGGAUCCUCAGACAUUGAUAUCUUCAUAUGCACGUAAAUCUUCUGCAUUUGAAAGGCCUUCAACGGUCAGAUACACACGCUCCUCUGUGCGUCUUAACGCAGGACUGCUCUUUUGGACCCGUGCCACGGUUGUCUGUCUCCGUCCGUUCACCCAACCACACCUACCCGUUAUAUCCUCACAGAAUUACAGCAGCGCGUCCUCACACCGGAUCCCAACAGAUCCCAUUGCGAAAGGGACAUUGUGUCUGCGUGAGCCGGUGAAAGAACGCAGAUCCACUGCGCUAUAAACGCCCGGUGCGCACCGGACCCGCUCAAAGACCCCCGCGUCGGACCGAUAUGUCAGCCCGGUGCGCGUGAUCGCUUUGGAACAGAGGCAGGUGAAAUUAUCAGCUUUGUCCCGCAUCCUGCGCCAAGAAGGAACGCAUCACCUUGAGGAUUUAAACGCACUGACAUCCAACUUACCAGCUGUGGUGUGUCGCUGCCAUGGCGACCCUGACCCCCUGCUUUUUACGGAUCUUUGCUGUCCUCCAAUUGGCUGCCUGCUCAUUUCCAGAGGAACCUGGCCCGUUAAUCUCCGCCCCUGCUGAGGUGGUGAGGCGCUAUCCAGUGUUUGUGGGCCGGGCGCAUCGCUCUUACACCCGUCAGGAGCCGCUGUAUAUUCAGACCGUCCUGAAAGUCAACCGCACACUCUACAUCGGAGCCAGAGAUGACCUUUAUCGAGUGGAACUGGACCAUGUGUCUGGAGAUGAAAUGUUCUACAGCAAGAAAAGGACGUGGGAAUCCAAUAAGAAUGACAUCCGCAUCUGUAGAAUGAAGGGCAAACACGAAGAGGAGUGUCGUAAUUAUAUUAAGGUGUUGUUGAGCCAUGAUGGAGGGCUGUUUGUGUGCGGAACAAAUGCUUUCAACCCGCUGUGUGCCAAUUACACGAGAGACACUCUGGAAUUGGUUGGCGAGCCCAUCAGUGGAAUGGCCCGAUGUCCUUAUGAUCCCAAACACGCUAACGUGGCUCUGUUUGCAGAGGGCAGCUUGUUCACGGGGACAGUGACUGACUUCCUGGCCAUCGAUGCUGUCAUUUACCGCAGUUUGGGAGAGAGUCCAGCCCUACGCACGAUCAAGCAUGAUUCCAAAUGGUUCAGAGAGCCUUAUUUUGUGAGCGCCGUGGAAUGGGGGCCUCAUAUCUACUUCUUCUUCAGGGAGAUGGCCAUGGAGUUCAACUACCUGGAGAAGGUGAUGGUGUCCCGUGUUGCACGUGUGUGUAAAGGUGAUUUGGGCGGCUCUCAGCGGGUGUUGGAGCGCCAGUGGACGUCGUUUCUGAAAGCGCGUCUGAACUGCUCGAUCCCGGGAGACUCGCACUUCUACUUCAACCUGCUGCAGUCCACCAGCCCCAUCAUCCGCAUGCAGGGCAGGGACGUCAUCCUGGGGGUCUUCUCAACACCCUCCAACAGCAUCCCCGGCUCGGCGGUGUGUGCGUUUGACAUGCAGCAGCUGGCACGUGUGUUUGAGGGCAGAUUCAAAGAGCAGAAAUCACCAGAAUCCAUAUGGACACCUGUACCUGAUGAACAAGUACCUAAACCCAGGCCUGGAGGAUGUGCUGUCCAGGGGUCAAGGUUCAGCUCCUCCAACAGCCUUCCCGACGAAGUGCUGAAUUUCAUCAAAACUCAUCCUCUGAUGGAUGAAGCGGUUCCUUUGCUUGGACACAGACCGUGGAUAGUCAAGACUAUGGUCCGGUACCAGUUGAACACUAUGGUGGUUGACACUGAGGCAGGUCCACAUCGCAAUCGGACUGUGGUGUUCCUCGGAUCCACAAGGGGAACCGUUCUCAAGUUCCUCAUCACACCCAGCCCGGAGAACCCGUACUCCAACACCAACACCUUUCUGGAAGAGCUGGAGGGCUACAACCCAGAAAGAUGCGGCGAUGACUCUGUGCAGGCGAGGCAGCCUCUCUCUCUGACCCUGGACAAACCCAGUCACACACUCCUGUUGGCCUUCCAUUCCUGCGUGGUGCGAGUGCCUGUCGCACGCUGCCAACUGCACUCCAGAUGCAUGAAAAACUGCAUCGCAUCCAGAGAUCCAUACUGCGGCUGGACCAAAGGAAGUACCUGCUCACUCCUGAGACCCGGCACCAGAUUACCUUUCGUGCAGGACGUUGAAUAUGGAAAUACCUCACAUCUCGGAGACUGCGAUGGUCUGUUACGUGAGAGUUUUAUGGAUGAGCCCGAAAGCCUUGUUACUUUGAAUCUGCUGGUUGUUGCAGCAGUUUCUGCUUUCUCCACCGGGGCAGCACUCUCAGGCUUGGCAGUGUGCUGGAUCAUGGGUCAAAAACAACGCCACCGUUCACAUAGCAACACUCCUUCGUCCAGUAGUCAGCGGAAGAACGAGAAGGAACGGUGCAUGAUGGGACAAAGCAGGAGAGGCUCUGUGAUGAGUGUAUCCCGGCACAGCGGCACGGACCGGCCACGUUCACAGGGAGAGACGCUCUUCGUAAUGCCGAAUGGUUGGGUCAAAGCAGGCGACUUGGAUCCAGGUCUGCUCCCCACACCGGAGCAAACUCCCCUGCAGCAGAAACGUGGGUUACGCCUGUCCGAUUCCGGAUCCAGUUGGGACCAAAGCCAGACCUUCUUGAGCUCGGUUGGAACUCAGUGUCCACCUCCACCAUCCACCUUGUUUCUCAGCUCUAAACUCCUGCAAGGAUCCGGUCGACGCCAUGAGGAAGCCAUUGAAACUGGUAUCGACCGCCAACGUUAUGUCUCUCUCUCCAAGUACCGGGAUCAGGGAAUACGCCAAGGCACUCUUCUCCGCAAAUCGGCAGGUGAUUACAACUACCCCAUGACUCCCCAAGACUCCCCUGACCGGCGGAGAGUGGUGUCAGCGCCCAGCACCCAGAUAGAGUACAGCGGAGAGCCUCUUCGCUGGACCCACGAAGGCUACAUCUUUAGCAGUCAUGGCAUACCUCCAACAGGCCACCACUACACCCCGGCCUCCCAGCAUCCUGCAGGACUGACGCGCUCUGUGCUCCACGGGUCCCGGGGGCUCAUCGACAUGGCGGACUUCAGCCACCUGCUCGGGAAGGGAGGAAGCGAUCGGACACCGACAGGCCAGUGAACAGCGGGGAACCAAGAUUCGAGGAGUGGGAAAUUGUAGAAACGUGAGUGGCUGAAACCUCAUGUGGACUGCAGAGGGCAACCUAGCCAAUCACAGCAGCUCUCUGUAACUCUCUCUCUCUCUGUUUCUUUCCUCACCUGCUUGUCAUCCUUUUUACUCAUUUGUCUGGAACUGCUUGCAUGAGGAAAAGCCAAAACUGGACCUCACUGACUACGAGAAGAGCAGCCAUUCCUACUGGAAACACCUCUUUUUUAUCUCUGUUUCUCUGACAGAGAUGUGUUUUUCCUUGUUGCCUGACUGCAUAUGAGUGUGGCUUACAAUACUUUAUUGCACCUUUAUCAGAUGGAGGAAAGAACCGUACACAUCUUGAAGACUAUCUAUCCCUGAAUCUGUUCAGACCUUGACUCUCUUUAGCAGGUUACUCUUUCAGCAGAUUUGUAAGUUUGAUACAAUGACAGCAUUUCAUUUGGGACAAUUGUUUACUCCAAAUAAGAGGAAGAACCCAACACUUUCUUGGAGUAAUGACUCAGUGGUCAAUGGAUGUUGUUGUUUCUGGUUUAUACCAAACUCUAUACAAAGUGCUGUGAUUACCGGCAUAUGGGACACCCCAUUUACAUCAGUGUAAAUGCUGUAGGAGCAUAUUUAGACAGGUUAACUGGUUGAAAGGAAAGAUUUGGAAUGAACUUGUACUACGGAAUCAUUUUCACAUCACAGUGAUUAUUGAUUGGUUCUAACUUCUUGUAGCCCAUUAAAAUGUAAAUUUUCUCCAUAGCAUACGUAGCAGUGUUGUAGUACUUGAGUCCUACAAUACUGGACUCAGACUAAAGUCCAUGUCCAUGAGCAUAUUUUCCAAGACAGAUCGAGACCAGCUCAUUCAAGCCCGAGUCCAAAUGCUCCUGAAUAUAUGGACUUGGCUUAAGACGGAUUUGUGUAGUACACCCCUGAUUCAUAGAAAGAUGAACUGAAACUAUUUCAGCAUACUAAAUGGGAGAAUAAAGAGAAGCAAAUUACAGAAAGAACCACAUUAGCCAAAAUAACAACAGUGUCUGUCUCCAUCCGCAGCAUUUUUUCCCAUUAUAAACGCUUGUGUGUGACAUCACUACAUGUGGGCGGGGCCCCGUCUCAUGUUUCGCUUUGCAAGAUUACCAGUAUGACAGUUGCAUUGAUGUAUUAUUUUGACCAAAAUGUAUGAAUAGAAAACACAAGAUUUUUUCUGUUGUAUGCUUGGGAAUCUUUUGUGUUUUAUGACUUUGUUCUCUGUCGAGAGAGCUGAGGCCUUUACAUCAGAACUCAGCCUUGAAUUCAGACUUUAUAAGAGAGAGAGACAGAGAGAGAAAACUUUGGUUGGCGAGUUUCAUGGUCUCAACCACAUGAAUUUCUGUGUUCUGUGUAGCUCUGUGAGUUUUAUCAGAGAAACUCUGAUAGAGUUCUCUCUGAGAACUUCUGAACACACUGGAUUCCAAAUCUUUUUUGUCUUUUUGUUUUGUUUCAUCCUUUUUUGUACAGUGACAUUUUUUUACACAGUAUGUAAAAUGUAACAUGGAACAGAGAACUGAGGUAAAAACACCCACUGUUUUCUAAAAUGACAAAAUUAGAGACAGAGAAAGACAGAAUCUGUCUUGAGGACACUUGGACUCUUCUUCCUAAAGAUGCUGUUUGACCUUUUGUUUCUCCCGGACUCUGAAGGAGAGCAAACGAGAAUGGGAAGCCAGAGAAAAGGAAUCACAGUGUGAGAACUAAAAGGACUGCAAAGUCAAGAGAUGUCAUGUGAUUUGAAGCCAGUUACAUUACUGGGUGUGUGUUUGUCUGUGAAGUAGCCAAUCAUUUUGCUUGUCAUGUCCAUCAUAAUACACUUCCACUCCUUUUUGUAUUUAUUUACUUUGAUUUUGAAAAUUCUUCAUCAUCAACAGGGAUCAUGGAUUGCAAUUUUUUAGUCAUGUGUCCCUAAGUCAUUGUGACCUUAUAUCAGAAAACUAAAAGGUUAAUUAUCUAACAAUAUCAUAAUCAAAUGUCCAGAGAAACACUCUCUGGCUCUGUUCCAAACCCUAGUGAGUUGCCUUUUCUCAGGCAGUUUCAUUCAAGAUGGCAGACAGAGUUUACAUUUAUGAAUUUGGCAGAUGUUUUAUCCAAAGUGAGUUACAUUGCAAUUAGGGUAUACAUUUUAUCAAUUCAUACAUUCCCUUUGAAUCUGAUCUUGAAAUGUUUGAAACAAUAAACUUAAUGGCAUGCAACAGUUUGGAAAGGUAACUGACAGAUAAUAGUUCCGUCUUAUUUCAGAUCAAGUAAUGAAAACCUUAAAUGUAAAAUUUUGAUAAGUAACAUGCCUUCAUCUUUAUUUAACUUUAUUUUGAGAAUUAAUCAAGUUUAUGUGUCUCCUUAGACACUGUUAAUGGAUUUGCUGUCCAAAAAGAUUGUUUAAAAAAAGUCAAGUUAAUUUUGGUUUGGAUUCUACCUUAAAAUACAUUAGACAACAAGUUGGCUCUCUAGGGUUUGGAAAAUAACCUUUUUCAUCAACUUCCUCUUUCUGCAUGACCUGCACACAAGUGUCCGUCUCCACAUAGGCUAGCUUUGCAAUUAAACAUCUAAUAGCAUCAGUCUGUUAGAUAUCGAAAGCAGAUGUCUGAUUAGAUGAGUUGCCACACACACUUCCUUGCACAGGAAUGCACUUAAUAAUGGUUAUCAUGCACCUGCAAGAUGUCUCUUAUUAAAAGCACAUGCUACAUACAUCACUUAAGCAUACUUCUCUAUCCUAGAGAGCACGAUCUCACCAUUGCCGAAGAUCUCAGAAAACACACACUCUUGCAGUUGUGUGCAACGGUCGGUUGAACAUUGAUUAGCUCAUAAAUCCAGCUGAAAGGAGAGUCAUGGUUGAUUGCACUGUGUGUGUGUGCCUGUGUGUGUUUAUGAGUUUAAAUUACUGUGUGUAUGUAUUUAGGUCUCCUUUCUUCAUCAUUGAAGAUACACCAGGCAGGAAAUAGGAUCCAGAACACAGGAAAUAGAUCCCGGUAAGCAGGAAAUGCAUGGAUAUAGCUGCUUACCUGUAGGUCAAGGACUCUAAGGCAAGUAAUAAAAUGCAGGAAGUAGCAAAUGUGCUAUAUGCUAAUAUUCUAACCAUAUGUAAAGAAAGAAGCACGAAAGGAAGAUAUCAUAUACUUUUUAUCAUAAAGAUCUCAAAUUUUUCAAGUGUUCAAAUUCAGUCUUCAAAAGAAACUGUGCCAUAUUCAUCUUCAUAAGUGUUUGCCAACAGAAAAUGGAAUCGCUAAAUUUGCUACUAAGCUACGAAGACGCCAAAACAAGUGUUUCUUCAAAGUGUGACUUGUGAUCUCAAAUGAAUCAGUUUAUUAAGGUUUGCUUUUACUUUUCUAAGUGAUCAGAGUUUAGUUUCUUGCCUGGUGGAUGACAAAACGGGGAUGUUUUUCUCCUGAAAGAGAAAAGCUAGUAAGCUACCACAUAGCAACAACAUGCUAGUACUGUAGAAGCGUGUUUUGCCUGGAAAACCACUGCUUUUUUUUCUUGAGAAAAUAGUAGGCUAAGUCUAGUUCCCAGUAUAAUUCCUGACCUUUUCUUUCAAACCUCAAGAAACACACACACAAACUGCCUUCAAUAAAAAGAUACAAGUGUCCACACAUUCCUUUUUAUGCCUACCUGCUCAAAUUGAUGUUGAGUGACAUUGACUUUUUCACGCAGUGCCAUUCUGUGUUAAUUCUGGUCUUUUAUUGUCAACACAAAGUGUUGAAUGUGGUGUGAAUGUCUUCAAAAGAUUUUUCCCAUAAGCACUUGCUGUCAUAACCCAGUGUCUUUAUCUCCGAUCAUGCUGCAACAAGCACAAUAUUGUACAAUAAUCAAGGCCAACAAUGUGUGUUUGUUUUUCUCCACAAUGUUUCAUUGCUUUUUUUGGUCCACAAAUCAUCACAUUUAUUGGUUUUCACUGACUUUGCAAAUGAUUCUUGAUCUCUUGAUAAUAUCUUGUUGACAUCUUGUACGAAAGUGUAAAUGGCGACACAAAUUUGCCUUCGACGGGAAGGGAUGUGUGUAAGACUGAAUCAGUGACACGUUGAGUUGUUUACAUAAACUCAGUUGCCCUGUACAUAGCUCAAAUCCUGAUUUACACCCCUCCGCUGGCGAUGACAUAAUAUCCCUGUGUAUAGAAGUCCAGGGGUGGUAUCCAGUGGAAACUGUUUUGUUCGUUUGUUGGUUUUUAAAUAAUCUCACAUGUAUAGACGUACACAUCUUUCACACAUUUACACACAAGAAUCAGUACUGGAGCACACACUUAUUUUCGGACGUAAAUCAACAUGGAGAUUUUAUCAUUCUAAUAAACACAUUUGAUUGUUUGA